ACUAACUAGUCAGCACACUGUUUUUGAGCCACAGCCCUGUUACAAACCGGAAGUAGUCACUUAUUAUCUUCUUCCGGAGCGGCAUUUGGUCGACCCUUCACUGAAGGCUGAUCUCCUCCACCCUUGACAAGCCAAACAUUCAUUUCUGUCUAAUUCAAACGUGUGUGUGAGACGUCUGUCUCUGCCCACUCUGAACCCUCCCUGAUGGGCGGCUGGUCCCGCAGUGCCGUGCUGCAGCUGUACCGAGCUCUGCUCCGUGCAGGUCAACACCUACAGUACACCGACCGCGACUACUACCGGCGCGCAGUGACCCGAGAGUUCAGACGCUGUCAGACCCUCAACGCCCCAGCAGAGAGGGAGGACGCGCUGAAGAGAGGCCAGUUCUUCCUCAACAGCAGGCUGGGCGGCUUGGUGUAG